AUGUACAUCCGACCAGUACACGCCGAGCUCGAUGUUCCCACUUUACAUCAAUUCAUCCGUCAGUAUCCCUUAGGGUUAUUCACCACUUCCAUUCCCCACAAAUCAAACUCUACCAUACAGACCACUCAUAUACCUUUCGUACUUGACACUUCUCCCAAAAGCUCCGAUGAGAAUGACAAAGGCACGCUCAGAGGACACAUAGCUCGGGCGAAUCCUCAAUCCAAAUCCAUCGUCGAUUCUCUCACUGCAUCCGCUUCCGAAGAAUUAUCAGAAGAAGUCCUAAUCCUGUUCAACUCCCCCGUGCAUUCGUACGUCACACCAAAGUUUUACGUCGAGACGAAACCCAAAGAUGGAAAGGUAGUGCCCACAUGGGAUUACGCCGCUGUACAAGUUUACGGCAAAGCUAGGAUCUACUAUAAGAACAACGAAGAGACAUCGACAUUCUUACAGAAACAGGUUGAAGAUCUAUCUCAGCUGAAUGAACUUCAACAUAUCCAAAAGAAAGGGAAGAACGAUGGAGAGAAACCAUGGAAAGUAUCUGAUGCUCCGUCAAGAUAUGUCGAUCUACUCAAGAAAGCUAUUAUAGGCUUGGAAAUUAAGAUUGAUAGGAUCGAAGGUAGAUUCAAGCUCAGUCAGGAAAGCUCGGUUGGCGACUGGAAAGGAGUUGUGAAUGGGUACAGAUCCUUGGAGACGGACGAAGGUGAUAAAAUGGCUGAAUUGGUGGCGAGCAGAGGUCAAGAAAGGAAUGUAUAG